GGGUCUUGUGGCGUGACGUCAUUCCAUGAUGGCUGAAGACCCUGGCGGAACAGUUUUUAAUUCUUCUGUUGUUUUUCUCUCUUUCUCCUUAACUCGGCUUGCCAUAGAGCCAUGGGAGGACUCGCAGCUCUGUUAGUCGUUUCUAUAUCGCUGGUAUCGACAUGCCCAAGAAAGGGAACCGAAAACGGCUGAAGUUUAAGGCCGGGGACGUUUGCUCGGAGUCAGUCACAGUUGCUGAUUUUGCCAAUGCCGACCCAGCCGUCGUGAAGUCGGGUAGAGUGAAGAAAGCCGUCGCAAAUGCGAUUGAAAAAGAAGUGAAAUUGCUGUGCGGGUUGGAAGCCUCGCAGGGCGCGGUGGAGGAGGUCCUCUCGUCCGCAGGGAGCGUCAGAGCCGACGCUGUGGGCAGCAGUGAUGACCCUGACCCCGAGGACGACGAAGGGGAGAGUGAACUGAAAGAGGUCCGCAAGAAGAAAAACAAGAGAAAGAAAGAAAGCAGUGAGAGCAGCGAUGGGGAGGACUAUCCAGUAGACAUCUGGCUGGUGCUUUCCUCCUACAUUCGACCCGAGGAUGUGUGCAGAUUUGCUUUGAUCUGCAGGAAUGCGUGGACAGUGACUUGCACCGCAGCUUUUUGGACCAGACUCUACAGAAGGCACUACAGGAUUGAAGUUGAUCUGCCGUUUCGUCUCCAGCCUGCCUCCAUAGAUAGGAUGCGCUGCCUGCGGGCCUGUGUGAUUCGCUCCCUUUUCCAUUUGUACGAGCCAUUUAGCUUGCGUGUUUCAAAAAUUCCUGCACUGCCAGAAUCCACGCCCACAACGUUGCUCAACUCCAAGUGUUUACUCUUCUGGGUCAAAAAGGUGUCAGGGACCCGACCAGAAGUAUUGUGGGAGUUCAACUUUAAAUUUAAAAAGCAGGGACGCAUUAAGAAUUGUUGCGGCAAGUCUUUGCACCUGCCCAGACAAUAUGAAGAUGUUCACAUGAAUCCAGACUCUGACUGCUGCGUGCUUCAGGUCACCACGCUCAACUACAUCUUCAUCCCUGUAGUCAUGGGCAUGACUCUUACCUCGUUCACAAUCAAUGUGAGCACAGACAUGCGUCACCACCGCGUUCGUCUGAUGUUCCAGGACUCGCCUCUUCAGCGGGGAAAGAAGAGAGGGGAUCACGGCGGGACGCAGGUGGUCUUGGAUCCCGUGCACAGCGUGAAGCUCAUGGACUGGUGGCAUCCACUGUACCCUUCCUUACCCUACACAUAAGACUGUUGCCCCCCCAGCAAACCAGGAAGUCCUACUGUUGAUCCCAAAAUUACCAUAAAAAAAACCAAGACGAAUAACAAUCAAUGAGACUUUUUGAUUAAAACAUUUAAAAAGGAAGCACUGACUUGAUGAAAAUCUGUCAAUAUUUCAUCUGCAGCCACAUGGAGAAGAGAAAUACUUAUUUGGUGGAAUCGGCCGCUGUUGACCAUUAAACAGACUCAGUUACGCAGGGUUUCAAUUAAAUGUUUCCAAAUGAUUCAUUCUGGGUGAAAUAUUAGAUUAACAGGGCAGUAUAUUGUCCCAUUGUUCCAGUAGUUUCGUUAAUGCCGGUUUCCAGUGAGACACUCAUUUGUUUGCUUUUAGAUCAGAUGCAUAUCAUUAUUUUCUGGUUUACUUUUAAUGGGAAACCCUUCUAACAAUGUUCAUCUGUGAUCACUUUACAAGAAAGGGGCCAAAAAGACCGCUUCCUUCAGACAUCAUCCUCUGAUCUGACGGGUUGUCUUUUUAAUUGUUUACUGACAGCUUUGUUCUUUUGCUGCGCAUUACUGCAUUCACUGCCAUAGGCAGCGUUAUUCUGCCUUUGGGUUGACUAUUUGGAUCAAUUAUACUUGAUGAUGGGGACAAUGCUAAUAUUUUCAUUGGUUUAACCAUUUUUAAGACUUCCAAUAAUAUUUUUUUUUGCAUGUCAAAGAAGAGUCAAUAAUUCAACCGCAAUUCAACUUGUGCUAUUGAAAUUCUUGUUGGAUGUUUUAGCACUUACCAAAGGACAACUGGAUGUUUUAGGCUAGUAACUGUUUAUGUGAAAUUGGAGUUUAGGUGUAUCAAAUGAAAGGGGUUUUGAUACUACUUCAAUAAAACUACUGCUCAUUCAAUCUUC